AAAGAAGUGAAAACGUUUGAUUAUCGAGUACCAUUACAGUGGGUUACUCAUGUAUCAAUCGAUGGUGAUGCUGUUAUCGAUCAUGUACAAUGGGGUGGCAAAUAUUAUCCGGUUCCUUAUGAAUCAGGUAUAGUAGAUGGUGGUUUAUUACCUGGUAAAUCAUUAUGUAUUACCGGGAUGCCUGAGAAACGUAGCAAGCGAUUUAAUAUCAAUUUACUGAAACAAAACGGUGAUAUCGCUUUGCAUUUCAAUCCACGAUUUGAUGAAAAAGUUGUUGUACGUAAUACAUUAACUGCCGGUGUUUGGGGUAAAGAGGAACGAGAAGGUAAAUUUCCAUUCCAAAAGGAUAAAAUGUUCGAUUUGAAGUUGAAUAAUGAAAGUUAUGGAAUACAAGUAUUUGUAAAUGGUGUACAAUUUGUGACAUUUGCGCAUCGAUCAGAGCCAAACGAUAUAGUGGGCGUUCAGAUACAGGGUGAUGUUGAAAUCAGUGGAAUUCAAAUACAGUGA